ACAAUUGGGAUAACGAGUAAGCAAGUUAAAGCAGAAGAGAGGUCGCAACAGAAGGUGAGUGAGAAGAAGAGAGAAGAAGCGCAUCGAGAGAAAAAGGAGCAUCGUCAUGUCCAAAAACAAAGGCAAAAGGAAAGAGAGCGAUAGCGAAGGAGAAGACGACGACGUAUUCUACUACCGCUAUAGCAGCGCCAACCCAACCCAAACCCAAACCCAAACCCAAUCACAACACAAUAAUCCCAACUCCAACACCAAGGGUUCCUCAUCCUUAGCACCGUCGAAAUCAACGUUGUACGUUUCCAACCUCGACUACUCCCUCACCAACUCCGACCUCCACACGCUCUUCUCCACCUUCGGCCGCAUCGCGCGCGUCACCGUCCUCAAGGACCGCCGCACGCGCCUCAGCCGCGCCUCCAUCGCCGCCGACAACGGCCGCGCCCCCGAGUUCAUCCGCCGCCGCGUCUACCACGACACCGCCCGCUGCUUCGAGUGCGGCGCCCACGGCCACCUCUCCUACGACUGCCCACGCAACCAGCUCGGCCCCCGCCAGCGCCCCGAGCCCAAGCGCCCCCGCCGCGGCCCCCACCGCCGCGACGCUGACGCUGACGGCGACGACUCCGACGGCGACGGAGCCGCCGCCGCCCGCUUCGAGGACGAUAAUUGGGCCUCCGUCGUUGACGACGGUGCCGACGAGAGGUUGUUGGCGGGGAACCAGGAGGAUGUUGGGGCUGUAAAGAAGAAGAAGGAGAAGAAGAAAGCUGGGUACUUCAGUGAUGAGAGUGACGAUGAUGAUUGAUGAUUGCAAUUGAUGAAUUGUGUGUUGUGUGUUUGGUGAGAAUACACACUAACAUGUUGAUACAAAAUGAGGUUUCCGUUGUUGAUUGAUAACCUUAUCUUAGCUUUAGGUUCUGUUAGGAAAUUCAAUGCCUCUAUUCUGGUGUCUAGUGAAAUCUACAACAUAAAAUUGUGUUCCUCAAUGUAUUCACAUAUAAUUUUUUUUUUGAUAAGUAGGGAUUACAGUGACAGCAAUACUUUUUGAACUUAGGAUUUUGUGCAUAUACUUCAAUUCCCACCGCUAGGCUGACCCUUGUGGUUCCUUUUAAUGUAUUCAUAUAGCUAUGUGUUUGUCUGUGCUAAAAUUGAGAUUAUUCUAUAUUGACUGUGAAUGCUGUAUGAACAUAUUGUCUACCAUCAAUUCAUGUAGAGACCCAGAAUUCUUUCCACAUGGGCCUCUUUCUAGCGGAAAGAGACUUCAUAGGACAUGCUUUUGACAUUAGGUUUAUUGGGGAUGGCAUUGUGAUAUUUCAUGUUGGUAACUAUUUUUGGGAUUACGCUUUGCUCCCUGAUUAAUGUCUAUUAAGCAUUACAUUUGAUGGAGAUCGAUGGGUAAUUGAUGUUGGAGAUAGUAUCUUCAGUGUGUUCCUUGGUCAACUGAAGUUAUUCUUA